GCCAAGGUUACUUAAAUGAUAUUAAGAAGAUGAUAUGUUCAGUCGAAGAUGUCGGUUGCCAUGCUUUAUUUAUGUAAAGGUGCCAAUUUCGAAUUGGUUGGCUUUAAAAUCUGCAGAUUUGGCUAUUGCCUUCCCCAUGGGGUCAGCAUUGCUUUCUUGGUGUAGCAAUAGACAACCACUAUUCCCCUUCAUCCACUGAAGAGAGGUAUCUGGCAUUUAAUCUCGCAAUUGCAGGAUGUUAAGAGUUGGUAAGAUUGCUAUGAGACUUGAAAAUUGAAAAAUCAUAAUGUAGUGAGACUAUGAUAAACGCCUCGAUGUUCUAUGCAUGAGACGUGUGUUGGAGGAAGUAUCCCUGGUCAAGUAAUAUUUGUCUGAAAGGUAUCUUAGAUGACUAUCAACUUGAAAUCAUGUUUGAUGCCAUGCUGAAACACCUGAAGAAAAUAGUACAUGACCUCUGGCCUGCACAGCACAAACGUUAUGAGUAUAUUGCCAUUUAAGGCCAGAGCAAGAAUAAGAAGUCAUUUUAAAUUUGCAAUAUGCUACCUCGCCUAAGUGAUUGAUGUUAUGCUAAAAUUUUGGUAUACAAGAUAUCUGGCAACUAAGUUGUUUUUUCUUUUUGGUGAAUUUUGUAAAGCUCCUUGAGUUAUUAAUGGCUGUCUUAAAUUAUUAGUUUUUGGUGUUUGAGUGAAUGUAUUUGGCUUAUUCUUCCUAUGCAGAAUGAUCACAUGCUAGAAACUUAAUUAGAUUUUGAUCAGAACAUUUUUUGUCAUCAAUCUUUUUCUGGCCUUAAGAGAGUAACAUGAGGGUGAAAUCAUGUGCUUAGAUAUUCAGUUUCAGAAAAGGUUAAAGUCUGUUAUAUGAUAAAGAGGCUGUGUUUAUUGCAUUCUUUUAAUGUUAGCAUGUCUGUUGUAGUUUGAAUUAACAUUAUUCAGCACCAGAUUGAAUUUUCUAGUUUGUUGGAUUAGGGUCUCAGUUUGUUCUCUAUCUCUUGUUAGCAAUGUUGAUUUAACUUGGUUUAUCAUUGUAUUGUGGUGCAUAUGUAAAUGAGCUUUGUUUCUGCUAUAUGGAUGAUGCCCAAGAAAUCUUCCAAUGCUUGUUAUAUAGAACAAACUUUAAUUUAAGGCACAGUACAUAAUAUAUUAUGUGAAUGAAA